GCCAAUAAAGAGAAGUUUUAAAUUGUUUUUUAAAAUAAUGACGUAUGUCUAACCACAGUUCAAAAGAAUUAUCGAUAAUCCUCUGUUGGCGCUAAAGGAGACCUUUGUAUUAGGGAUUUAAUUUGUUUACGCCUGGAUAAAACAGCAUAUUGCAGAACGGGAGUGGCUGUUCUUGACUUCUGGCUUUCGGUGCGAAGUAGAGUAAACGGUUGAGCUUACGGUAUUUCUUUAUUAAAUAUGGCUACCAAUGCAGAACAUAAAACCAAAUCUAUAACUGUCACUAAAAAGACUGUCAAAGUUGUAAGUAAACGAGAUAAGGAUGAGUAUCCACGUGCUGAAAUGAAAGAUGGAAAAUACUUACUGCCUUGGCAAACAGAAGAAGUACCACCUGAUGGCUGGACCAACUUCAAAUCAUUUUUUUCACCUGAUAGCAGUGGAGUACCAGGAGAAGAAAAAUUGAAUGAAGAGCCCUUAAUGCAGCUAAUGAAGGCUGACCCACAGCGUAUUGAAAAUCCACCAGAAAAUGGUAUUCGAGUUACAUGGUUAGGUCAUGCUAGUGUUCUGUUUCAAUUAGAUAGUGCAAAUCUUUUAGUUAAUCCAAAUUUUAAUGCAAGGGGAAUCAAGUAUUAUCACCCUGGAGAUAAUAAAAGAUACCGACAACCUGUUUAUACUGUGGAACAACUGCCACGCAUCGACUGUGUAUUUAUUACGAACACCCAUUUUGAUUACUUGGACUUAUCAUCAGUUAGACAACUCAAUGAUCGCUUUGGUGAGAUGCUUUUAUGGUAUGUGCCUAUGGGUGUGUGUGAUUGGAUGACAAAGGCUGGUUGUGUCAAUGUUGUAGAAAUGGAUUGGUGGAAAGAAGAUGAGAUUGAAUUUAUUGACCAUACUAAUAUUAAUAAUGAAGAAGAAACAAAAACUACUGUAUUUAACAUUGCAUGUACGCCAUCACAAAGUUAUCACAAUCGCGCUUUUGAUGAUGACAAUGCAGUGUUGUGGUGCAGUUGGGUUAUUCGCAGUCCUCGCUAUAAGAUCUUUAUCUCUGGGUCAACUGGGUAUGCUAAAGUUUUUCAAUCUAUUGGAAGAAAAUAUGGACCAUUCCACAUGGCUGCACUACCUAUUGGUGGUUAUGAUCCAAAAUCAAGAAACGGUUACGGUAAUGUUACUCCUGAACAGGCUGUACAAAUUCAUAAAGAUAUCUUAGCCAUGUGUUCUUUAGCAUUAUCUUGGGGCACCUUUGCUCUUAGUAAUGAGCAUUACUUAGAACCCCCACAGCGACUAAAUGAAGAAUUAAAAAAAUCUGGCUUGUCAGAAAUGCAGUUUUUCCUUCUUAAACAUGGUGAAUCCAGACUCAUUGAAAUAAAAGAAGCAGAAAAAGAAAGUGAUUUUGUACCUCCUGUAGCAAUUGCAUGCUCAAGUGAUAUGUUUGCAAAAAGUCAUGUUACUGAAGAUAAAAAGGAUGAGAAAAGUGAAUCAGAAUUACUUCAGGAGUUAGUUGAUAACUUCAUUGAGGAAACUCAAAGUGAGCAUCAAAAAGAACACAAAGAACAUGAAGAUCAUCAUGACCAUUAAUUUUCUUACCUGACGAUAAAUAUUAUUGAAUACGAUGAUCGGAAAUGAUAGCAGCACAAGUUAUUAGGAGUUUAUCAUUUUUGUAUAUUAGAAAGAUAAUCAAAUAGAGAAACCUGCAUUUAAUUAAUAAUUUUUUGUUACAAAAAUUUUUUAUCGUUUAAGUUUAUUUAAAUUUCUUGGUAUUUUCUUGUUUUAUCAAUAAUUUAUUCGGCAGUUAUUUGCGUUUUAUAUUGUACAUUUAGUAUGACGUUUUUGCUUUUAUAUUAGUCAUUUAUAAAUUAUUUUUGUACGAAUUUCCAUUUAGUUUAUUUUCAUUAAACUCUCCUAUUUGUAAAUUUUAGAACCACUAACGCUUCACUUAGGCGGUUAAAAUUUUUAGUUAUUUUGUUUUGUUUAUUUUAGCAAUACAUUUGUAAAGUAGUCUUCAAAGAAUAUAUAUGUUCUUUGU